AUGUUGCUAACGAGUUAAAUGAUAAAAGUAAAUUAACAAUUGAAAAAGGAAAAAGAAUAUUUUUUGGAAAGAAAUAAAAAAAUUGAUUAUUAUUAUUGUGAUUGUUGUGCUAACUAUAUUAGUGAUCUACAGAUUAAAAUAUUUAAUAAAAUGAAAACUAGGAACUCUGAUAGGCAAAAGUAUUCACCACAAAAUUCUUUUGUCUAUGUCUGCCUUUAUAUUAUUUAUUUAUACUCAUUAUAAUAGAAUGUAUCUAUGAGUGAGUACCCUUUUCCUAGUGCACAAUAAACUCCAAUUAGGAGAAGAGGACCAAUACAUAAGAAGCCUAAAUAGACAAUGAUUAAUUUGAAAAAAAAUAAAUCUUAAAGGUAAUUUAUCUGCUAUGAGGAUAAAGAUUUAAAUAUUCCUUAAGAAUAUUAAUCAAUCCUAUAAAAACAUAAAUCUGAUGAUGAUAGAGAAUCCGAUGAUGAAUAAAUUAAAUAUGCCAUUAACUAUUUGUAUAAAGACUUGUUGUUAUGUUUGGAAAAAGAAAAAAAAUGA